GAGAACCCAGACGGGCAGAGCCUGGGUAGGAGAGCCUGGCCCCCUGUCUCCACCGGGUGGAGACACCAUGCACUUGGUCCACUUGUGCUCUUCAGCCAGGACACCAGACAUGGUCCAAACCCCUGCAGGGCUGGCUGCAGCAACUCCCUGACACUCAGGAAGGCCCAGGCUGGGCAGGCAAUACCUGCUCCCAACAGCCAUCUCCCAGGAAGGACCCUGUUGCUAGUGUGGAGCAAAGACGAGUCAAGUUUAUGGGCUGGAAGUCCUACCCGGAGGCUGCUCACUGAGCUGUGAUGGCUACAAGGACAGAUAGGGGGAAGGGCACAGGGUGCCCGAGACCUGGCCCACUGGAGCCUGUCACCUAAUGGCCGGCCGGAAGACCACUACACACCAGCCAGCCCUGGUCCAUUCUUUUGGCUCAUUUAGGGGCCUCCCCGGUGGAGGCAGGGAUACACAAAAUGCUUUGGGGCUGGAUGGACCCGCCUUUCAGUCUAAACAAGAGACCUAAACACAGCCGCCCAGAAAAGGCAGAUACCAGAAAUGGAUAAAGCUGGCUGGGUGGGGACUGUCGGAAGGGCAGCCAGCGGUGAGCUCCGGCUGGUUGCUACCAUAUAGGACAUAUGUGUUGCCAGACCUGAUUUUUCAAUAGAAACCAAAGAUAGUUUUUUAUAUAAAUGUUUAAUUGGCAAUUAUGAAAAAUUCUGUGUAUCAGCGAACAUAAUACAGCCCACAGCCUGCGGGUCUGUGCCCCUGGACUAACAUGCCGCCCUGCCAGGAGGACACGACCUGCAGCCCCAUCCUAACUCUGGCCACCCCAUCCUGCAGGCAUGCCGGCUGCCACUCCAGGACUCCCCCGUCCUCAGGACCGAGAUGACGCCCAACAGCACUGGCGAGGUGCCCAGCCCCAUUCCCAAGGGGGUUCUGGGGCUCUCCCUGGCCCUGGCAAGCCUCAUCGUCACGGCGAACCUGCUGCUAGCCCUGGGCAUUGCCUGGGACCGCCACCUGCGCAGCCCGCCUGCUGGCUGCUUCUUCCUGAGCCUGCUGCUGGCUGGGCUGCUCACGGGUCUGGCAUUGCCCACGUUGCCAGGGCUGUGGAACCAGAGUCGCCGGGGUUACUGGUCCUGCCUCCUCCUCUACUUGGCUCCCAACUUCUCCUUCCUCUCCCUGCUCGCCAACCUCCUGCUGGUGCAUGGGGAGCGCUACAUAGCAGUCCUGAGGCCACUCCAGCCCCCUGGGAGCACUCGGCUGGCCCUGCUCCUCACCUGGGCUGGCCCCCUGCUCUUUGCCAGUCUGCCCGCUCUGGGGUGGAACCACUGGACCCCUGGUGCCAACUGCAGCUCCCAGACUAUCUUCCCAGCCCCCUACCUCUACCUCGAAGUCUAUGGGCUUCUGCUGCCCGCUGUGGGUGCUACUGCCCUCCUCUCUGUCCGCGUGCUGGUCACUGCCCACCGCCAGCUGCAGGACAUCCGCCGGUUGGAGCGGGCAGUGUGCCGCAAUGAGCCCUCGGCCCUGGCCCGGGCCCUUACCUGGAGGCAGGCAAGGGCUCAGGCUGGAGCCAUGCUGCUCUUCGGGCUGUGCUGGGGGCCCUACGUGGCCACACUGCUCCUCUCAGUCCUGGCCUAUGAGCAGCGCCCACCCCUGGGGCCUGGGACUCUGUUGUCCCUCAUCUCCCUGGGAAGUGCCAGUGCAGCGGCAGUGCCCGUGGCCAUGGGGCUGGGCGAUCAGCGCUACACAGCUCCCUGGAGGGCAGCCGCCCAAAGAUGCCUGCAGGGGCUGCGGGGAAGAGCCUCCCGGGACAGUCCCGGCCCCAGCACUGCCUACCACCCAAGCAGCCAAAGCAGCGUCGACCUGGACUUGAACUAAAGGAAGGGCCUCUGCUGACUCCUACCAGAGCAUCCAUCCAGCUCAGCCACCCAGCCUGUCUCCACUGGGCCCCACUUCUCUGGAUCAGAGACCCUGCCUCUAUUUGACCCCACACUGACUGAAUAAAGCUCCUCUGGCUGUU